CUAUGUUCAUUAAUCAGUUCAAAAACAUGUGGAAUGCAUUAACAAAUGAAAUUAAGUAACAUUUGUCUCUACUACUUAUUGAACAAAAUAUUUAUUUUGCUUAUUAUAAAAGGAACCUCUACCUCAGUAUGAGAAAUGUAGCUAUAGAUUCUCUACAACUAACAGUGCACUAUUGUGGCACUGUUGCUGAUAAAAGAGACUGAGACUGACAUUUCUGAGAAGCCACGGUUCACCCCAUCUAAACUGCCUUUUUUAUUGUCCCACGGUGUUGGGAUUCUGUUUGAAUGGAAGAAUAUGUGGGUGGGUCUUUAGUGAUCUUUAGCCACUGGCUGCUGCUUUAUAUUUCUUCUGUGCUUUUUUCUCACAUAUCCUCUUUGGGUUUCUGAAAGGAUUGUCUCUUACACCCAAAGACACAGUAUGUAUUUGUGUUAAUGAGUGGUUGGCAAAAUACAUGUAAAAAUAAAGAUUAGGCUGUAUGUCCAUAUCAUUAAAAAAAUAACUAUACCUAUUCCUGUCAGACGUGUCCAUUGCCUUGCCCUACAUUUCUGCUUUCCUCUCGUUCUGUCUCAGGAUUUUUGGAUGAGGGCUUGCUAGUGGAUGCGUAAUUCUAUCUGCUGUAGAGGGAAAACCCAGAACCCUUUCAGGUUUCCAGAAAUGGUGAACUCAUGGUGAAGGAUUUUGUUGCUGAUGUUGUAAAAUGAUCCCUUCCUAUGAAGGCUUAUUCCACCUACCCAUAUACGGCAAGAGUGGAAGACUGAGACUGAAGUGCUGAUGUAUUUGUGGGUAAUGUGUGCUGCAUCUUGAAGAGAUCACUUGAAGAAAAUGCUGCCUCAGAAAAGUGUUGGUCCUUCAUUGGCUCAUUGCAAAAAAGAUUGUGGAAAGAUAUACACCAAUGGUGGGUCUAUGGGCAACUCCAGUGUCCGAGGCACCCGGUCAAAAGCAGAGCUCCAAGAGCUUAUGGACAGCUUGCAGAGAAGGAAGGCAGCUGUGGAAGCCAGUAUACGGGCUAAUGCAGAGCGCCACCCCAAGCUUAGCCUGUCCUUUCCACCCAGUCCUCAUUCCAUCAAAUCACUCCUUCAAGAACAUCCGUCCCUCUCAGUUCGAUUCCCUUCCUCCUACAGCCUCAGUAUGCCUCCUUCCCCUCGUCAUUCAGCCUGCCCGACAAGCCCAGUCCACACCCACACUCGUACCCACCACCAAUCACAGGACAACCUUUCACUCUUUCAGUUGUUUGAUAGCCACCGUCCCAACACAGCUGGCUCCAGUCUCUCCAUGUGGAAUGGUACCUCCUACAUGUCAGAUGCUUUUAAUGUAUACCAUCGUGGCCCUAGUGGAGCUGCAAGCAUGCCCUCCAGUCCUAGGCUGGGCCGAAAACUUCUAGCACGAGACGGAGAUGUCAUUAAUGAUCCUCCCCCUCGCCAGAGGAAAUAUUCCACUGGUUCUUUGAAUGAUUUAGGAGGACACAGUCAUUCCCUUCCCAGACUGUAUCGAGGGGAUGCUCCUUCUCUCUCUCUGCCCCCUUGGCACUCAUCCAGGGCAAGAUGCAGCCUUCCAUCUCUUGACUGCCCUCCAGAUGUGACUGUUACUUCCCUGAGCAAUGAUCUCAGCUUUGAGAGGACGCUCUCAUUUGGGAAAGGAGUAGUAAGCCCAGGGAAGGGCCUGUGGAGGGGCAGCAUCAGUUCUCUAAGCAGCAAGAACGAGCUUCGAGAUUACCAUCAAAGACAGAGAGAUGAGAGGUUACGAGAACAGGAAGUGGAGAGACUGGAGCGUCAGCGUCUGGAAACCAUAUUGAGCCUGUGCUCUGAACUUGGCAGCACUGAAUCAAGUUGUCCAGAACACAACUCUGGUGUCUGUGCUAUAUCUGACCUGCAGAAGAUCAAUCACGAGCUGCAGAAGCUGCAGGUUUCGGAUGAUGAGUCUGAGUUCUCUGACUUGCUUGUCGUAGCUGCUCCAGAGGAUGGCUCAGUGGAUAAGGGUAGAGGAGAGAGACAGGUACAGCCCAACAACAUCCUGCUAACCUCUACAUCAGAAGACAUGCAGAUUAAACAGGAAGUGUCCCAUUUAGAGGAGGAGAGGAUUCAAGUCCUCAACAACAUUGAAGAGCUGGAGCAGAAGAUCAAGGAUUUAGACACACAGUUGAAUGAGUCUGUCGGAGAGAUGGAGGUAGAGAGGGCCCUGUUGGAAGGCGAGCAUAAUGAAGAGCUUACUCUCCUGCAAGCAGAUAGGCAGUCACUAAAAAAGCUAAAUGAACAGAUGAGCAAAAUGGAGAAAACCACAAAUACUGAUACAACUGACAAGGACAAGGCACUGUUGGAGACUGAGAAAGUUAAAGUAGAGAAGCUAGCAGAGCUGGUCUUGGAGCAGAAGAGUCAGCUGGACUCAUGUCCUGAAGCACUGAAGGAACAGCUUCAGAGUCAGCUCUCCAGGGACACAGUGAUGUUGGAGACAGAGAUGAAGCGUUUUGAGGAUCUUGAGUUUCAGCAGCUAGAAAAAGAGAGCAGUCAGGCUGAAGAGAAAGAGACACAGAUCCAGCAACUUCUCAGAGAAAUUGCUGAGUACCAGCACAGCUUAGUCACACGCAAGGAAAGACUCCUGACCUUGAAGAAACAGUCCACUCAGAUUACCCAGCAGGCUCAGCGGGAGAAGGAGAACUUCCUGAAAGAGAAAAGCAAUCUGCAGCUCAUGUUACAAAGGGAGCGAGAGAAUCUUUCCACUCUGGAGAGGAAGUAUGCAGAACUGACAUGUGGCCAGACCUUUCCUCUGAAUUCUGUUUCUAUGAAAGAGCAUCUUCGCUCCAUGGAGGUAAGAAGGAGGAGUAAUAGUAAUAAGGAAGGUGGGCCUAUGCUGAAUGACAGCAGUGUGUCCCAUAAAAGGCUGAGACACAGUUCUGGAAGCUUCUGUAGUUCCACAUUGGACCACAGUCUAUACCCUAAGUCCCAUCUUCCCCUGUCUCAGAGUACCAGCUGUGGUAACAUGCCCCCUCAUGCUCUCUCACUCACCUCAAGAGACUUAGACACACGCUGCCUGCUCAAGGUUGGUAACCCGUAUUUGAAUGACGGCAGGCAAAGGCUGAGUGAGAUAAGCAGCAGGACUGUAUCUGAGUCAAAUGUCUACUUGAAAACCUUUCACCACUUGGAAAAUGGUGCCAAGUUUGAUACCAUCAGUGUGGAGAGUUCAGAUAGCUUGGAGACAAGCAUCUCAGCCUGUUCUCCUGACAACAUCUCCAGUGCCAGCAUAUCUAAUGUGGUUAAGAUUGAGGAGAUGGGGCGUCUGCUCAGAGAGGCACAGGCAGAGAAGAACAGACUCCUGGAACACAGGGAGAGAGAAAUUGAGCAGCGCCGACAGGCUCUAGAGGAGGAGAGAAGGAGGCGAGAGGAGCUGGAAAGGCGACUUAAGGAGGAGACCAACAUAAGGCAGAAACUUAUCGAAACGGAGGUAAAGCUCCGGGAGAAGCAAAGAACACAGUCUCGUCCAUUGACACGUUACCUUCCGGUUAGGAGGGAUGACUUUGACCUACGUAGUCACAUUGAGGCAGCAGGUCAUCAUCCUGAAACCUGCUUUCACCUCGUUAUAACUGACAAGACAUGCCGAGGCUUUCUAGUCAAGAUGGGGGGGAAAAUAAAGACCUGGAAAAAGCGCUGGUUUGUUUUUGACCGAAAUCGCAGGACCCUGGCAUACUAUGCAGAUAAGCAUGAGGCAAAAAAAAAGGGUGUCAUCUACUUCCAGGCUAUUGAGGAAGUGUAUUAUGAUCACCUUAAGAAUGCACAUAAGAGUCCAAACCCUUCACUAACAUUCAGCAUAAAGACACAUGAUCGCGUGUACUUCAUGGUAGCGCCGUCUCCAGAGGCCAUGCGGAUCUGGAUGGAUGUGAUUGUUACGGGAGCAGAGGGUUACUCACACUUUCUGGUUUAAGCAGCAGCAGCUUUCUACAGAGGUUUGGUUGAGCUUUUGGAAAGGAUCUACAUCCUGGUACUUACUGCUAUUUGAGGAAGCCUUUUUCUAGCUCACCUUUAUACAUGUCAUAAACCCCCCCCCCCCCCCCCCCACCACCACCAAACCUAUGUAUGCUGUCCCAUUUUUGAGUUUCCGUGUGAUGUAGCUCUGGAAACAUUCUCCUGCAUGGCACCAAUAUUUUGCUUUUGCCCUACUUUAUUGCAUUUUAUCAACAUGCUAACCAGAGAAAAUGCUACCUUAUUCUAUUUUAACUACUUGUGUAUAACCUUGAAUCAUAUUUUUUUUCUUGUUAUUUUAAAGUGCCUUGGUUUUCCAAUAUAAGUAGGCAUGUUUUGUCCAUAUAUCUUGUAACUUAAGUUAAGUUCUUAAGUUAAUUUCUUUAAAGCGUUUUUUUAUUUUUAUUUUAUUUCGUUUGCCAGGAAUGUCUGUCAAGACAAAUUUGCUGCUUUUUAUUGCUCACAGUAAACCAGAAGGAUAUAGAGUACCAAAGGCAGGAUAUAGAUCACCAAAGACAUGCUUUAUUUGAAAAUCUGCAUCAUGUGAAUGCAUACAAGUCUCAUGGUAGGUCUUAAGAUCCAAUUCAAGUUUUUGUCAUUUGUUUAUUAAAUAGGAUUUUGCUUUUCUGUUUUCCCCUGAAUUGUUACAAUGACAAGCUAAUAGGAGCCAGUUCAGCAGAAAAUAUUAUGAUCCUUUUCUGUCAUUGUUGAAGCUAAUAUUUUAGCAGCAGCAUUCAUAAUAGGCCAUAGUAAAGCCCUAUUUCCUGUAGGCCUGUUAAAUUCAUCAGCGGUACAGUGGAAAUAUUUAUUUUGUUUUAAAAAAAGAUAUCAUUGUCCUUUGAAGAUUUAAUGGCUAUAAAAAAUACCACAUGCCAGCGCAUUUAAUGACUGCUCUGAAGUCUGAAAAGAGAGCCAUUCUUGUAGUAUUUUUUAAUUUAUUUUAUUAUUAGGAAAUAUACGAGCAAUAAUAGCAUCACAUGCUAAGAAUUACAUUAAUAUCAGGUUUAAGGUAAUGUGCCAGACAAAAUUAUCAUGACAAUGAUGAAAUGUUUCAGUGUCAUUUGAUGGCAGGAGCAUAGUUGGAGAUCUGUUUUUAACAGGUACCAAAAUGUCAUGGAUUGUUGUCAACCCUAUGUCAGUAUUAAUUUGCACACUCAUCUUUAUCCACACAUACAUUAUAAUACAUUGUUUAUGACUGAUAAGAUUGUGGCACUUAGUUGUAUAAUAAUAUUGCCAUGGGUUUAAUGCAAUGAGGCUGCACAAACAGCAAGUGUAUCAGAAAUAUAUACUGAACAUUUGUCAGUUUAAUGCUAUAAGAGAUAUUUGAACAAGCAUUCAUUGUACUAGAUGUUACGUUGGCGUUUAUCAGACUCUGGUAUGCCUCCAGUCUAAGAAAGGAACUACUUUCUCACAGUAUAAUAGCAUUCAUGUUUUUAACUUUUUAACAUGUAUUACAGUAUUUUUGUAAUCAAUUUUAUACAUAAUUUAAACCAUUCAGUAUUAUUAAUGAAGUAGUAAUUUUAAUCAGUUAGAAUGUAAUCCAUUAUGACAGACUCCUCUGAUUUAGCAUGCACAGUUUAAUUCAUACUGUACAUAAACUUAAAGAUCUUAUUUUUGGAAAUUUGUCCAUGUACUUGCAUUGCAUUAUAUUGCAUAAUAAAUUAUCAGUAAAAAUGA